AUGGCCCCGCAAGGACGUCAAACGAAGACAAUGUCCAGCCGCCUGGCGGGCAUGAAAUUCAUGCAGCGCGGCAACAGCAACAACAACAACAACACGCCCGAAUCACCCGGCGACACACCAGCAGGCCCUCCAGCGAAGAAACUGCGCCUCUCGAACGGCUCGAGCAUCCGAUCGCCUGCUCCGCCCGCCGAGCAAUCACCGGCGUCCGAGAGCCGCAGCGCACCGGACCUGAGCAAGAGUGAACAGUGGUAUCUGAGCUUCCAGGCUCCGGCGCCUUCGACACCUGCCGCGCAAGCACCGCUACGGAUCGUUUCUGCCGGGUAUUCGGCGCUAGACGCAGCAGCGGACAGAGAGGUGACAAAGGAGGACGAGGACGAGCAGCAGCAGGAGGGAAGCGAAGAGGAAGUUCCAUCGAAAUGGACAGCGGGAAGGAAGAGUUUCGGCAGAUUCAACCGGAAAUUGGAAAAGCAGCAGAAUCCGGACGUCAGUUCUUCUUCAUCUUCAUCAUCAGACGAAAACGAAUCGGACGAAGAAGAAAACGACAGAUCCUCAGCCGGCGAGCUCUCCGACGACCCAACGGGCGUCAAGGCCUUAAUGGCACAAGGCCAGAAGUCCGCCGCGGAACGCGCGCGCGCCGAGCGCAAAGCAAAGAGGAAAGCCGACGGGGCAGGUUCUGCUCGCAUGGCGGGGGAGAGGAGGAAGAAGGACGUCAACCUCAACCGUGUCGCCGCCGCCGCCGCCGUCAACAACUCGCGAGCCGGCGGUCCCAAGCCGCGUGGAUCACCGCUCUCCGCGCUGGCGGAUAUGGAAUGCCAUCGAUGUCGUGAGAAGGGACACAUGGCUCGCGAUUGCACGCGGAAGGUGGUCCCGCAGCGCUCGAGGGCCCGACUCUCAUAUUGA